AUGGAGCCAUCACCCCCGAAAGACAAAAAACGGAGUCGCAUCGAAUCCAGUGAAAUCGAACCAAACAUCGCCGAAGAAACCCUCCGCGACUCAAUCUCGCUCUACCCAAAAAUCAUCUUUUACUGCAUCGGCCUUAGUUCAUCAUUUCUACUAUCUGGCUAUGACACCGUCAUCGUCGGCACCGUAACCGCCAUCCCGCGCUUCCAGCAGGACUUCGGCGAGCCCUUCGAAGACCGCCACAUCAUCCCAUCAGUAUGGAUGUCACUAUGGAGUGCGCUGGGUUUCAUAGGAUCGAUCAUCGGUGCAGCAGCUGCAGGACCAUGGCAAGACCGCUCUGGCCGCCGCUGGCCACUAGCAUGGGGCAGUGCGAUAUCGGCGGCAGCGAUCGCGAUCCUGUACAUCUCGAAUGUCCCCGUGGACAUCAACACGCGGCGCGGGGUGUUCUUGUUCGGAAAGAUCGUGCAGGGUUUCGCAAUCGGUGUUGUGACCGCGGUCACGCAGACAUAUAUCUCGGAGACCGUGCCGACGAGUCUGCGUGGGCCGACCAUGGCGCUUUUCCCCACGUUCACGCAGCUGGGGCAGCUGGUAGGUGCGAUUGCGAUUUAUGUGUCUAGUCGAGAUACGUCGAGUAAUUCGUAUCUUGUGUCGUUGGCGUCGCAGUGGCCGUUUUCUGCGGUGCCGUUUGCUAUGGCGUUGCUUGUUCCUGAGUCGCCGGCGUAUCUUGUGCGCAGGGAUAGGAGUGCUGCGGCGUUGCGCUCGGAGAGACGGUUACACAUUUCUAAGAUAGACGUGGAUGAUGUGGUUGAGCAGUUGCAGCAGUCGGUUGGGUUGGAUAGGGAGUGGGCGCAGGAAGUCACGUACCGGGAUUGUUUCCGGGGAGCGAAUGUGAGGCGGACGUUGAUUGUGGUGUUUUCGAUGGUGAUUCCGGUGCUUUUUGGAUUGCCGUUGUUGUCGAAUGCGAGUUACUAUUUGCAGGUUGUGGGGAUGUCGGAUCAGUAUAGUCUUGUGUUUUUGAUAUUGGGGAUUGGGCUGGGUUUACUUUCGAAUGGAAUUGGGGUUUGGAUUACCAGUCGAAUUGGGAGGAGGCCGUUGACGCUAUCAUCGCUGGGUGUUACGACUGUCUUAUGGCUGAGUAUGGGUAUCGCUGGUUGUUGGAACAGCGUCGUCACCAUCUGGUAUACCGCCGUAACCCUAAUGAUGAUAAUAAUAAUCUGCAGCCUAGGCGCCUGGCCCGCCUCCUACGCCAUAGCCGGCGAGACAUCCUCCCUACGCCUCCGCGCCAAAACCCAAGGCCUGGGCAUCCUCUUCCACAACCUUGCCAACAUCAUCUUCAACCUGAUACUGCCGUACAUCUACAAUCCGGAUUCUGGAGAUUUGCGCGCGAUGACAGGAUUCGUGUAUGCGGGUUUUUGUGUGCUUGCUGUUGUCGGGACGUGGUUUGGGGUUCCGGAGAUGAAGGGACGGAGUGUGGGGGAGAUUGAUGCGAUGUUUGAGUUGAGGGUGAGGACGAGGGAUUUUGUUAGGACGAGAAUCAAGUGGGGUUUUUGGUGA